AUGGCCAACGAGGAACUAGCUGAGGUAUUGCUGUCUUAUAAAAAGGCAUGGUUUCCGGGAAAUAUUAAGAAAAUAUUUCAACAUCGUUAUUUUAUCCAGAGCCGUUGUGACUCUACAUCCUCAGACGAUUCAACUUUUGGCCUUAAGGAUACAGCGAUAUCGAUGUCACUGUCAAACUCACCGACCAAGGAACGUAGUACUGUGGAUUUGCCAAGCCAUUCACCAAGUAAGUCAACAACUUUCAAAAUCGAACCAUCAGAUGUAGUAGAUGAUAAUGAUGUGUUUGUUGAGUCUGCAGUUGAACAAGAAAUGACAACACAUGGUGCUCCAGAGUUUUCAAAGAUGUCAUUCACACAACAAGAACAUCAAUUAACUGUUGGAUCAGAACAUACAACUACUAAAGAACAAGUUAACCAGUGUGCGAGUUUACCAACACAUAAAUAUUCUAGGUCGAUAUUUGCCACCGACACUGAAGCAGAAGAAAGACAUGGAUUUCAACAUACACAACCUCCAUUUCCGAUUCUGCAUCAUCAUUUACCGGGUGUACUUUCACCUCAGCUCAUGCUGUCCGCAAACAUAAUACCGUUCCCCUCAAUUCAAGAAGGAUGCCAUAUGUUUUUCGACUUUGACAAGUCUAGACUAUUGGCUGGUUUCAUUCCAGACCAAGAUAUGUCUACGCCGAGUCCUGUCAUGUCGCCUGGAAUUCAUUUUAAAUGUACACCAAGAGAAAGAAUGUUCAACUCAAUGUCGGAACUGAAUGGAAUCUCAAUGCCUCCACUCGGAAGUUUUCCUAAUCAGAAGAUCAAUAUAUCUAAGAUAUCGUCUAAACUUUCAACUUUAAAACAACAUCGCGAUCAGCGCAGAGCCAUGUCCGACUCUGAUACCUACAAAUGUCCAGUGUGUAAUCAGAUGUUCCUCUCAUUUGACAGCUUAGCCAAACACAUGGCAAAACACUUGCCAACAGAGACUAUCUUACAGGGUGAAAAUACUAAAGUACACUUAUGUAAAGUUUGCAAUAAAUCUUUUUCUCGUCGCGACAUGUUGACAAGACACAUGCGAUUGCAUACAGGCAUUAAACCUUAUGAAUGCAGUGAGUGUGGACAAGUGUUUAGUCGUAGUGAUCAUUUAAACACACAUAAACGCACUCAUACCGGUGAAAAGCCUUAUAGGUGUCCGUUAUGUCCGUAUGCUGCAUGUAGACGCGAUAUGGUUACUCGUCAUAUGAAAACACAUAUCAAACAGUCGAUAAAACGAAACAAAUAA